AUGUACCACACUGCAGAGCGAAUGUAUAAUAUUGCGUACUACGCGUCGCAGUGGUUGGGUAUUGCUGCGUUUUGUCUCUACCUUACUUCAUUAGUUUUGUAUGUCCCGCCAGUUACUAGUGUGUCCAAUCCAAAAGUGACGCUUUUCAAAUCGUACCGUAAAAUCGAUGGCGUCCAAUUUGAUAUGGACCUCGACUUGGACUUUACUCCGUCUUUCAAUUGGAACACUAAGAUGAUUUUCGUGUGGGUGAAAGCGUCGUUUGAGACUGAAAAAACUCCAAUGAACAUCGCAACGGUGUGGGACACGAUGAUAAGAAAAAGAGAGAACGCACACCUCGUGUUGAAGAAUGAGAAGAUCGAGUAUACACUCAUGGACUUCGGAAAGGAAUUGAAAGGAAAAACUGUCAACUUGACAGUCGAGUGGAUGACCGUCCCUUGGUCUGGUUCCACGUCUAUUAGAAAAGGAAAUACAACAACCUUUGUUUUGCCAGAACAGUACAUUAAGUAG